AUUUUUCCCUUUUUUGGCUAUUUUAACCAUUGAUUUAAAACAAGAAAACAAACCCAGAUUUCAAGGAAGCCCAUCUCUCGCUCUCUCUCCCUCUCUCUCCCCCUCUCUCUCUCUUGUUUGGUGAAGAAUUAGUUUAAAUUUGGUCACUGAAAUCUCUGGAGACAAGGAGUGGGAGUCUAACACAGACAGUUCUGUUCUUGUAAAGACUUUGAAAUUUUAAAACUCAACGUUUGUUUUUCUGCAAUUGCAAAAGAAGAAUAAAACAAGAAAUGGGCAUUGCUAAUCAAGAAGCGAUCAAGCAAUUUCAGUCUUUAAUGGAACAAAUAGAGGAGCCACUGAAGAAAACAUUUCAGAAUGUGCACCAGGGUUGUCCAAAUGAAACAUUUUUGCGGUUUCUCAAAGCAAGAGACUGGAAUGUUGCUAAGGCCCAUAAAAUGUUGAUUGAUUGUUUACAAUGGAGAAUACAAAACGAGAUUGACAACAUAUUGGCGAAACCAAUCAUUCCAGCUGAUUUGUAUAGUGCAAUUCGAGAUUCUCAGCUUAUAGGAUUAUCAGGCUAUACGAAAGAGGGUCUUCCUGUCAUUGCCAUUGGUGCUGGGCUCAGCACAUUUGAUAAAGCAUCUGUGCACUACUAUGUGCAGUCACACAUCCAAAUGAAUGAGUAUCGAGAUCGUGUGAUUUUGCCUUCUGCAACCAAAAAGUAUGGACGGCAUAUUAGCACAUGUGUCAAAGUUUUAGAUAUGACUGGGUUGAAGCUUUCAGCAUUGAAUCAAAUUAAGAUAUUGACAGCUAUAUCUACAGUUGAUGACUUAAACUAUCCAGAAAAAACAGAGACAUAUUAUAUUGUCAAUGUCCCAUAUGUAUUUUCAGCAUGUUGGAAGGUUGUAAAGCCUCUUUUACAAGAAAGAACAAGGAGGAAAAUUCAGGUGUUGCAAGGCUGUGGAAGAGAUGAAUUGUUGAAGAUAAUGGAUUAUUCAUCCCUUCCACAUUUUUGUAGAAAAGAAGGCUCUGGCUCCUCUCGCCGCACAGGAACCGGAACUACUGAAAAUUGUUUUUCUUUGGAUCAUGACUUCCACCAACAGGUAUACAAUUAUAUCAAACAGCAAGCUGCUCUUCUAGAAUCCAUUUCACCAAUCAAACAAGGGUCAGUCCAUGUCGAUAUCCCCGAGCCAGACCCAGAAGAUACUAACAUUGCUAAGACAAUUGAAUGUGAGUUCCAUAAGUUCGGAGAUCGGAAUGGGCUCGCCAACUCUUUAAAUGGCCUCAAAGUUAAUGGUCACUAAUUGUCUGGUGAUAAAGUUUUCAAAUACCUGCUGAUACCAUAACAGAACCCAACUUGGCUGAUUCAUUCCUGACUGCUUUGGAGGCAAGUCUUUGUACUUCAGUUGCCUAAAUAUAUUAUUAGUAUUUGCUUGCAUCAACUUGAUGCAGGUUUCACAAGAUAAGAAGCUAAUAUUUUUGUAGAUUGAUAUUACCACUUUGGAGUGGAUAAUUAUAACUCUGGCAUUUGUAUUACCUUCUCACGCUUAUGCUAGAGAAAAAGCUAUUCCAUUAUCUGUUUGCCUCAUUCUAAGUAGUGUAAACAAUGUUCAUGUUGGCUUGGCUCA